AUGAGUUAUCUGUCUACAUUCACAUUUAUUACUUUGCUAAUAAUUCUAUCAAAUGGGUGUAUGCGAACAAUUCCGCCUGAUGAAGCUUACAUCUCGAGUACCAUGUCUUACGAGGACACUACUCCAGGAAGUCCAGGUACCUCUGAGGCGACCACCCCUGCUACGGUGUUGCCCUGCCAACAAUGUGAUGUAGUGAGCAUAGUCAAGACUCCUGCUCAUGGUUCCCGUGUAGUACCGACAACUUGGACUGAGACCGCACCAACCGCUGAAGGUUGCCUACAGUACGAAGCCUAUUUUGAGGCGCCUACGGGAAACUAUUGCGGCAUUCUGAGAGUUAUCGGUGUCUUCGAAGGAAAAGAUGAUGACUUAUUGUAUGACGGUCGUAACGAAAUCUCAAAGAAAUUGAUUUUCACUUGCCAAAAUGAUGUGACAUGGUCAAUGGGUUCUAUAAUAAAGAUCCUGGAAAUUUAUUGGUUAAGGCCGAUUUACUGUGACCUUAAGUUACCUAUUCCGUGA